CCAUCAGGAACAGCAGCGGGACUUGAAGAUGGCGCGAGGUGGUGCGUGGGCGGCGGUUGCGGCGGUGGUGGUGUUGUGGUGGAUGUGGGCGGGAGCGGGGGCGGUGUGGCUGGAGAUCCCGCCGUCGGGGACCAAGUGCGUGGCGGAGGAGAUCCGGAACAACGUCGUCGUCAUCGCCGACUACUCCGUCCUCUACGAGCACCACCAGGUCCACCCCACCGUCUCCGUCAAGGUUACAUCACCUUUUGGGUAUACCUUACACACGAAAGAAAAGGUUUCAGCGGACCAGUUCGCGUUCACCACAGCAGAAGCAGGAAACUUUUUGGCUUGCUUCUCAGCUGACGGUGAUAGCAAGGGUUUAGUGGUGAAACUAAAUCUUGACUGGAAAAUUGGUAUUGCGGCAAAAGACUGGGAUUCUGUUGCUAAAAGGGAGAAGCUUGAGGGAGUUGAACUAGAGUUAGUUAAACUUGAUGCAACUGUCCAAGCAAUCCAUCAAAACCUGAUCUUGCUCAGGAUCAAAGAAUCAGACAUGAGAGAUGUCAACGAGAAGACCAAUGCUAGGAUCUCAUGGUUGAGCAUGAUGUCGCUCAGUGUUUGCAUCUUAGUUUCAGUCUUGCAGUUGCUGCAUCUAAAACAGUACUUCCGAAAGAAGAAGCUCAUUUGAAAAUAUAUACUCCUCGACAACAAGCGUACAUUCUACAAUCUUUUUAUAGUAGAUGAGAUCUAAUAAAUUUGCCACAAUGGAUGUCAAACAAUUAUGUAAGCAAACUGCUAGCAUUUAGCACUAAUCCCAAGUUCAGAUAACAUGGUGCUGCUACUUUUCAUGUUCAACUUGCUAUUACAAAAUUCAAGUUUGUAUAAAAUUCCGUGGACGAGUCAAAGAUUC